AUUAUUGUCAAUAAAAUUUAAAUUCGUUAGAAGUUCAUAUUUAAAAUAAUUGAACCUUUAACUGUUUGAGAGAAAAUUUGAUCGGUGAACUAUGAAUGAACUACUCUCCGUAAAAUGUGCGUAAAAGGUUCCCGCGCACUGCAUGUUGGUAGUAAAAUUUAUAUGGUUCCAUGGCAGAGCCGCCAUGAUGGCUAUCUGUAAUACACGCUCAACAUGGAAAGUUCCGAAGUUGUUUUACAGUAUUUGUGACUGAGUGCGUGUAAACAAAAACAAUGGGAACGUACUAAAUAUUACGAAGAAUUGUUUAGUGUCCGUCUCGGACGGUCCGAGGCACAGGAAAGUCCAUUUUAAGGAGCAUUUUAUGUUGGCCUUGUCGUGUGUUUUGUGCUGUCAACAAAAAUGUCUAAGCUUUCAUUUAGGGCGAGGGCCCUGGAUGCUAGCAAACCUAUGCCCAUUUUUAUGGCUGAGGAACUCCCGGAUCUUCCUGAUUAUUCAGCGAUUAACCGGGCUGUUCCUCAAAUGCCGUCUGGGAUGGAAAAAGAGGAAGAAUGUGAGCACCACCUGCAACGGGCAAUAGUUACUGGGCUCAUUAUUCCAACACCAGAAGUGACAGACAUUACGGACAAAGAGGCCUAUGAAAAGCUCUACCCUGCCAACUACAAGCAGCCUCGACAACUUAUACAUAUGCAACCAUUUGCCAUGGAACAGGACAUCAUUGACUAUGACAUGGAUUCAGAGGAUGAACGCUGGCUUAUGUCACAAACACAAAAACUUGAACUUAGUCCCCUAAAAUUUGAAGAAAUGAUGGACAAACUUGAAAAAAGCAGUGGACAAACGGUUGUUACUUUAAAUGAAGCCAAGGCAUUAUUAAAAGAGGACGACGAUCUCAUCAUUGCCGUAUAUGAUUACUGGCUAAAUAAACGUCUUAAAACGCAACACACAUUAAUUCCUCAAGUAAAAACAGAACACAGAGCUGGUAUAGCCCUUAACAACCCUUAUCUCGCGUUUAGAAGAAGAACAGAGAAAAUGCAGACUAGAAAAAAUCGUAAAAAUGAUGAAUCGUCUUACGAAAAAAUGCUUAAAUUGCGACGAGAUUUAUGCAGAGCUGUCACUCUCUUGGAACUAGUGAAGAGGCGUGAAAAAAUUAAAAGGGAAUAUGUUCAUCUUACAAUUGAAGUUUUCGAAAAGCGCUAUCAAGCACGUGACUUUAGUGGUGCAGUUCUUGCAGAAUUAUCAUCUAUCAAAACGUCAAGGCCUGCCUUCACGCCCAUUUUCCACAAUCACUAUUCUAAUCAAAAUUGGACCAAUUCUAAGGCUGCAUUGAAAGAUGAGGAUAUUCCAAGAAAAGAAAAAAGACAGUACAAAAAACGGAAACACAAAUUGUCAAACCAUCAUCGGGUUGGUGUUAAUUCUAGUGGUUUGGAGGGUAUUGGUGGUAUCUCUUCUGACGAGGAAACUGCACAUCCUGCUAACUCUGAGCCAGAAGAUGUUGAAGACGAAGGACAAUUUGUUUUUAGAAGAAACAAAUUGUGUAGUUAUCACAUGCCAAGGAAAGAGCUGGGUAACUGGCCUUGGUGUCCAAAAGAGGAAAACGGUCUCGCGGACAAACGGUAUAGAUACACGUUAACGUCGUUGUCAAAUCGACGUUGCGUGGGUUUCGCGCGUCGACGACUGGGUCGUGGCGGCCGGGUGAUAUUAGACCGAACAAGGACAGACCUGGACGAUUUCUGGAGAACGGUCGACUUUACGAUACUGGAGCCAACAAGGACAAUAGAAAACAUUGGCACGGCAACGACCCUUGCUGGCGCGGCGAACUUUACAAAGUCGUAUCCGACAAACUUUUUUGCAAGUAGUAAUAGUAGUGUAGGUGAUAUGUCAAAGACGAACUUGAAAAUCGAACCAUUGAGUUUUUAUUCAGACGGCAGCUUACGACAACUACAACAACAACAAAGGACAUGUGUCGGAGCUGCAAGUGCUAGUGUUAGUAGUGAUAGUAUUGACAAACGUAGUGUUGUUAAAGAAGAACCCGUCGAUCUCCCUGACGAAUGGUCUGUACCUGCCGAAACUUGUAGCGACGUCCAUGUGCCGAUUGCGACUACGGCACAAACACAGGAGGAACAAGAUGAAAUGGUGGAGUUCCUUAAGGAAGUUCGAAGAGAUUGGUUGCAUUUUCGGCCGAAAACGCCUCCACCAGAUUACGAACCACCCUGUCAUCUGCUGCCCACCGAUGAUGAAACCUUUAUACCUGGUGCGAAUACGCCGUUUACGUUGGAAUUGCAGCCGUUGGACGCCCCUUCUAGCGUACUUUCCGAUACGUCAGCGUUCGUCACGACGCCGUUUACACUUGACGAUCUGUACGCCGUGAACGCAGCGGUAGUGCCGAUUACUGAUACACGGCAAUUCCAGUCGACGCCUCCUCCUCAACCAUCAUCAAAUGAUGUUGAUUACGUGAACGAAACAGCAAGUGUCGCGCAAACGGGAAUCAACUUGAAUGUCAACGUUGGUCUCAGUACGCUUAGUGACGCUUCAUCAUCAUCGUCGUCAAGUUCUUCACCGUUCGAGGAAACGAGGACGAUCGGUUCUUCGAGGUUCGUUGUGACAAAUGCAACCGCAUCGAACGAAUGUGAGGAGGCGCAGCGGACGUCACGUCAUCGUCACUAUAAUAAUAGUAACAAUCAACAACAAGGGAUGCAACAGCGUCAACAACAGGAACUCCGUCUACAAUCGCCACAACAGCAUUCGUUUCUUUUGAGUACCUUAACUAGUCCUAAAGCGAAUAACGUACAUUCGCCAUUUGACGAACGACUGCGGCACGCAUCCGAUAAUGUUUCGGCGACGGCCACAACAACGAGCGGGAGCACUAACGGACUCCUGGCUCAGUUCAGUUUGAACGCAUCUACUAGUGAUAAAAUGAAAUUAAAUAAACUACAACCAUACGCUUAUAUAAGUGGUGAAGGAUCAUCAGCUUCUCCAAAUCAAUUGAGUGUACGCACCUCUACACAUACUCACAAUACGCUUAAUAGUCAUAGUGCCAAUGUAUUGGAAAUCCCGCUGUCAAACGAAACGGAAAAACUUCCCGCCAAAUUGAACUCGCAGUAUGGCGACUCAACUUCGAAACCUGCAAAUAACAAAAGUAAAAGCAUCGUUCAGAAAAACAAUUUCGUUAUGGAAGUAACGUGAUGUACGACACUCAACCUGUGCACUUGCGCAGGAAUUUCGGUCGUCGUUUAUGUUGUAUCUUUGCCACUGAUGUAUGUGGCAAUAUUACGCUGCUGUUGUUGCCAAGAGUAUGAAAUGCCUGUUUGAUUUUUGCAUUUGCACAAACUAAUGUCAUUUACGUGGCUUUCUUUCUGACGAGCUUAUUGUAAGGCCAAGAAAAAUCUUAAGAAAAUGAUAACAAUUGAAUAAAAUAACUGCGAACAUCAGACGAACAUGUUUCGUGCUUGUUAUCUCCUGUUGUGUAUAAAAAGAAAAACAGAACGAGUGUUUUUUCCAGCUGUUAAAUAGGUAAUAGGGAAAUGUUUACAAUUACUCACCGAUUAAUAGAGUUCAGAGCCAUUUUGAAUAAUUUUUCAUUGUUACUACACCCUCUAUGUUUAUUAAAUAACUUAUUUUAACAAUUGAACGAAAUAUUUGUAUGCAAUUAAUGUUUUUGUUUGCUAGUGAAGAAAUAUUAGUAAUGAUCUAAUAAUAUGCAAGUAAGUCAACGCGAAAUGGAAAACGUUUUAUUGUAAAUUUUUGUGAUAAUUACAUCGUCAUGUAGUAUUAUCAAAUAGGGAUUUUUAGUUGUAGUUUCAUUCAGUUGCGAUGGAACACAGUAAUAUCAUUUACUUUUACUACUAAUACAUAAAACAUUACAUAAAAUUUUUAUAUAUACAUAUAUAUAUAUAAAAUAGCACCUUUACUUAAACGUGACGACUUCGUAAAGAGCCUUUCUAAAAAAUAAACUUUUUCUUAUUUCAGUUAUUCCAAUAUUUAUUAGCUUCAACACGUGCAGAUAGAAUUUGUGAUAAGAAUAUGUUUCAAUCUCUUGUAAUACUGUAGCCAAAAUUUUUGAUUGACCAAAAGUACACCAAACAAUUUACUGGAUUUAGUUACAACAUUUAAGAUAAUAAUUUCAUACGACAGUAAAAUGAUUUUUAUUUUCAUUAAGGUUUUAUUUUUCAUCUUCAAUAGGUAGUACAUUAAUACGUUGGUUUUUAUACAAAAUAUUUUUGAGGAGUAACCAAAUAAUCUAAAAUAAUAUACUGUGUGUAACAUCUAUAAAGGAAAAGUCAUAUAGCUCAUAUCUACUUAAAAAAAAAAAGAAAAAAAAAACAAAAUGUAAAAAUCAUCAGGCAUUGUCGAAAAUUGCAUCCAUGAUAAGCCGUGUAAAGUAACUUAACUUGAAAACCUUUGUAACUUAUUUUCGUGUAAAAUAAAACUAUGUAAUUAAACAAUGAAAUAUUAGUUGUAAGAUUCAUGAGGCUGUUCAAUUAAUUAGUAAAUUGUUUCAUUUUAUAAAUGAAAAUGUUUUUGUGAAAUGUACUUACAUUUUUAGAAUGAACUGUAAAGAAAUGUAUUUUUAACAUGAUCUUAAUUUAUUAAGUAUUUUAUAUGAUGGUUAUGAAAUUGUAUUUUCAUUGAAAAGAAAAGGAAUUUUUAACUAAGUCGUUCUAUAUUUUUUUUUUAUAUACAAUAUACUUAAUGAUGUUUUAUAUAAAUUCAGCUAUCCAUAUAUUUCGAUACACAUUUUCUGUGUAAGAAAGUUCUCUGAAAAGUUUCUGAACUACUUUGUUUUCCGUGUACUUAGUCGCAAAAAUUUAGAAACGUGUUUUAAGACAAUAUUUUAUACAUCUGAAAAAGGUUAACGGUAUUUAAAUUUCGUUUUCCGAAGAUGAAAAUAAGACAAAUCUGGUGUUGUGUAUGUUUCUUUUCUAUCAUUAUUUUGGGGAAAAAUUUGUUUCGUUUUUUUUUUCAUUUCAUAAAUGUUGUCUUACGGCAUUAUUAAGCUAUUCUUUAUUUUCUAGUCACUUCCUUAUCUUUUCUGAGUACAUAAAACCUAAUUUAUCCCGAAAUAUUGUAUUUAUAAAUGUAAAUAUUUCUAACAAUCAUUUUCUGGGUGACAUUUUGUUUUUGUUCCAUAGAAUCAGUAUUGUUUCUUUUUUUAUUUUUAAUAUCAAAAUCUGCAUCUUAGUAUUUUAGAUUCGUGAGAUGUAGUUAAUUUAUGAGUUUGUUAAUAACGGUUUUGUCGAUUACAUAUAACACAAUAGAUUUAACGAACUUUAAGGAGAACUUUCUUUGGCGUAAAAUAAAAAUUAAAAUUUUAACAUUGGGAAAAACAAAACUCUAUUUUUUAAUUUUUUGUUUGCAUCCAAAGGUUGAGGCAAGGUUUGUUUUUCGUAAGUAAAAUUUCACAAAACAUUUAUUUUUAGCUUAUACUGUGCUUUACGUGAAAGUACUAGUGGAAGUAAAAAAAACUUGAAAAAAAAUAACAAAUUGGAAAUAAAAACAUUAAAGAACACAAAUAAUUGAUAUCAGCUCUCUCACUCUCUUUCUCCCUUUGUCUUUGUUAAUAAAUAUUGUGGAGAUUAAAAUAAAAUUUGAAAGAAUCUAGAGUAACGCCUUGGUCCUGAAAACACUUAAAGAGCUGACAUUUAAUUUAUAUGUAAAAUUUCUGUAAAUUUUAUGCGACAUUGGUUUCAGUUAAGUUAAAUAAAGACGUUACUCCAGUUCUGAAAGUAAUAGAAUCAAUGGUGCAAAUUUAGAAAUUGUAAGUCACAUUCCUACUUCUCUGUAAAACUACAAAAUAAUGAAUUAACAGUUGUAAGUGCAGGUAAUGGUGAAACUCAUAUUAUUGUACAUUUUGUAUUAGCUCUGUUAUUUUAUUAAUUAAAAAUAAUAAACCAAACUUAAGGCUGUUAAUUCGCAAUUCAAUUUAGCGAACCCAGCAAUGCAGUUUAGGUAUCUUCCUUGCAGUAAAUUUCUGUUUUUUUUUUCAAAGACGAUAGAAAGUAAGAAAAAAGAAAUAAUAAUAAAAAUGAAUCGGAAUCUGUGAUCGGAUAUAAAUUGUAAGUUAAGUAUAUCGUUCUUUUGCAGCAAGUUUCCCAUUCUGCAUUGCUCUAAAAGAAAAAAAAAAUGCGCUUAAUAUUUACUAUCGCUGAUCGGAUAAGAUCUUAGAAGUGGGUAGCAUGUUUGUUUUCAUUGUUGGGUGUCAGUUGUAAUUAAAUUUUGUUGCUGUUACCGAUUACUAAGAUCUUAUUGUUUGAACAAAUUGUAGUAUGUGGUAUUCCUUUUUAUAAACGCGAUUAAUAUACGGGUCUCUUUAUGAACGUUCUUGGGUUUCUAAUUAGAUCAUCUGAAUGUGAAUAUUGUAAAUAUAGGUUUAGCUAUGUGUAUGAGUGAUAAAUAAAAUCUGUCACGUAGG